ACAACUACAACUCUCACUGUUGGACACAAAGUCUUCCUUCUCUUGCAGGAUUUAAGGAUGACUUUCUUCCAGGAUCUUCUCUCCGUGAAGACCGAGCUCAUCCUCUUCCUGGCUCCUCUUCUGUUCCUUCCCUUGCCGUUGGUGGUGGGGACGUCGGAAGCACAAUGUGCUUAUGUCAUCAUCCUGAUGGCGGUGUACUGGUGCACCGAGGUUCUGCCGCUGGCCAUAACGGCGCUGCUUCCUGCAUUCCUUUUCCCCUUGUUUGGCAUCAUGGACUCCCAAAGUGUGUGCAUGCAGUACCUGAAGGACACCAACCUGUUGUUUGUGGGGGGUUUGAUGGUGGCCGUCGCCGUCGAGCACUGGAACUUGCACAAGCGUAUCGCUUUGAGGGUUCUCCUGCUAGUUGGUGUGCGUCCGGCACUGCUUAUGUUGGGUUUUAUGGGCGUGACUGCCUUCUUGUCCAUGUGGAUCAGUAACACCGCCACCACAGCCAUGAUGGUGCCUAUCGUCCAGGCGGUGCUGGAGGAGCUCAGCAACAGCGAGGCACAGAUACCUCGGGAAAUGAACUCUGAGGAAAGCCCGAUAACUGACGUGGAUGGCAAGCAGCCCUCGCAGUCGGACAAACAGGCCGAGGCGACAGGCCCUGUGGUUGUGACUUUUUUGGAUACUUCUGUGGAGGUUACCAGGCAUAAGACGGCAGCAGAAAGAAUGAAGACGUGCAAAGGGAUGACCUUGUGCGUCUGCUACGCCGCCAGCAUAGGCGGCACCGCCACGCUGACUGGGACCGGUCCUAAUCUGGUGUUGAAUGGCCAAAUGAGCCAACUCUUCCCCGAAAAUGGUAACGUGAUUAAUUUCGCCUCCUGGUUUGGAUUCGCCUUUCCGAACAUGAUCCUCAUGCUCACACUGGCUUGGCUGUGGCUGCAGUUUGUCUUUGUUGGAUUCAACUUUAGGAAGACAUGGGCCUGUGGUUCUGUGAAGACCGAGAAGGAGGUCGCCGCCUAUAACAUGAUCCGAGAGCAGCAUCGUCUUUUGGGGCCCAUGUCUUUUGGAGAGCUCAGUGUCCUGGGUCUCUUCACUCUGCUGGUGGUCUUGUGGUUCACAAGGGAUCCAGGCUUCGUGCACGGCUGGGCAACGGACAUUUUUAACUCCAAAGCAGAGUACGUUACGGACGCUACUGUGGCGAUCUUCAUUGCCGUUCUUCUGUUUGUUCUGCCAUCUAAACCACCACGUUUCUGUUCGUGGAGGACUCAGCGUUUCGACACAGUGUCCUGUCCAACUUCAAAUUCAAUCCCUCGUCUGCUCACCUGGAAAGUUGCCCAGAAGAAGUUACCGUGGGGGAUUGUGCUUCUUCUCGGAGGAGGCUUUGCUCUUGCCAAAGGGAGCGAGGUAUCUGGACUCUCCAAGUGGAUGGGAGCUCAAAUGAGUCCCCUGCAAAGCAUCCCUCCCUGGGCCAUUGCCAUCAUCUUAUGUCUUCUGAUCGCAACCUUCACAGAAUGCACCAGCAAUGUGGCAACUGCAACUCUCUUCUUACCCAUCCUCGCCUCAAUGUCGCAGUCCAUCGGAAUGAACCCGCUGUAUGUCAUGGUGCCGUGUACGCUGAGUGCCUCCUUUGCCUUCAUGCUGCCGGUCGCCACACCUCCCAAUGCCAUCGUCUUCUCUUAUGGAUACCUCAAGGUUUCAGAUAUGGCUAGGACGGGAAUAGUCAUGAACAUCAUCGGCAUUGUUUGCAUCACUCUGGCUAUCAACACCUGGGGCCGGGCCAUGUUUCAGCUGGACACCUUUCCUACCUGGGCCAACGUCACUGGCCCAUAAGGCCAUCCUGGGUCCCUCUUCUUACAAAAACAUCUCUGGUCAGAGCCACUACACAGUCUGUGCUGCUGGGACAGAAUCUACCACCCGAGGUGAGCUUAUGGCCGGCCGAGGCAAAUCUUUUGACUCAGGGGCCAAAUUUAGAGGAGAAAAAUGUGUCUGGGGGCCGGUACAUCUUUUUUUUUUACACUAAUACAGAACCUCAUAAUAAUGUCUGAUUAUGACAGACUGCCUUAAAAAAAACAGAAUGGAAUUUUAUUUUUUUUUACUGAAUGAGCAUGAAAAUAAAGAAUGUGGGAUUUACAAUAUUAACUAUAAAGGAUAAAACACUGAAUAUUGAGAAAAUAUCAACGUCACACCCCCUCUCCAUCCACACAUUAUACAAUCAAGCGAAACGCAACAAGCACAGCAAAAUAUGAACAUGCAGGGUAAAAAAUAAACCCACUACAAUGUGAUAUAUGGAGUUGUAAAAAUCUCCUUCCACGUCUGUCCGUGACACUCUGUGGAAACGCUCCCCAUCCACACCGCUUGGUACCUUGUCGGAGCUGCCGUGAGUUACAUUACCAUAGUAACUAAUUACAUUACCACAGUAACUAAUUAGAUGAGCAUAGUAAGUAGUAUAUCAUGCAGAUUCCAAGCAUGUAAAGACUAAGUUUAGAUGAAGACUUAGGGUGAUUAGAAAAGAUGAGUGCACAUCAUAAUGCAUCUACACUUUACAUCUUAAACAUCUAAAAAAAAUGAUUUGGGAAUGUCCGGCAGGCCAGAUUGAAAAGAUUAACGGGCCUUAACUUACCCAGGCUGGUCUUAUGGAAUGAAGUGGUGAUGUACCAGAAAUAACUUCACUGCUAUUGUGACAGAGUGGAUGAGCUAAGCCAGGGGUGCCCAUUACGUCGAUCGCGAGCUACCAGUCGACCGCGGGGGGUGUGACAGUCGAUCUCCAGCCAGGCUUUAAAAAAAAAUAGAGCUAAAAAUGAGUGAUCAUCAAUCUUCACCAAGA